AGGAGGAGGAGAGAGAGAAACAGAGAGAGUGAGAGAGAGAGAGAGAGAGAGAGAGAGGGAGAGAGAGCAGCGGGAGGAAGCAGAGCGGUAGAACGGAAGGGUUGAAUGAUUCCCAUUGAGAGCAGCAGUGUCCAGGAUUUCUCAGCCCAACAGAGCUUUUAAUCUCUUCCCCUGGAUUUACACAGCGAUUCAUCAUCACAACAACAGCCUCGCAGAACAGAAAACAAAAAGGGAUAACCCGGUCCUUUUUUUUUUUUUUUGUGAGCACGCGUGGGUGUGUGUGUGUCUGCGUGCGUGCGUGCGUGCGUGUGUGUGUGGGUGCGCGCGCGUGUGUGCCUGUACGUGUGUUCGGAAGCACCAUUGGCGAUGCUGUUUUAAUUGGAUUCAGCAGGAGAGAGAGUGCAGGGCGGAGAGGCCGUGAGCAGCUGACUGCCGAGCGCCUCCCUCGCCUCCGCUGCGCUUCCACCGGACGAGCGUUUCUCCCCCCCCCCCCCACUCCGCCCCCACCCCCACCCCCCCACCCCACCCCCCCUACGGCCCUCAGCUCGUAAGCGCUCCGGUCCCUCAGCCGCCAGGGAGAGCCUGAACACGCCGGCGCUCGCCAUGGGAGACAAAGGCACCAGAGUUUUCAAGAAGGCAAGUCCAAAUGGAAAGCUUACCGUCUAUCUCGGGAAGAGAGACUUUGUUGACCAUGUGGACCUCGUGGAACCUGUUGAUGGUGUGGUAUUGAUUGAUCCAGAGUAUUUGAAGGAAAGAAAAGUUUUUGUGACACUGACUUGCGCCUUCCGGUAUGGACGAGAAGACCUGGACGUUUUGGGCCUGACAUUUCGGAAGGACCUCUUUGUGGCCAACAUCCAGGCCUUCCCACCAGUGCCUGAAGAAAAAAAGCCCUUGACCCGUCUUCAAGAGCGCCUGAUUAAAAAGCUUGGGGAGCAUGCAUACCCUUUCACCUUUGAAAUUCCCCCCAAUCUUCCUUGUUCAGUUACCUUACAGCCAGGACCAGAGGACACUGGCAAGGCCUGCGGUGUUGACUUCGAAGUGAAGGCUUUUUGCGCUGAGAAUGUUGAAGAGAAAAUUCACAAAAGAAAUUCAGUGCGGCUGGUAAUUAGGAAAGUGCAGUACGCCCCAGAGAAACCCGGACCGCAGCCAAUGGCCGAGACCACGCGACAGUUCCUCAUGUCGGACAAACCCCUGCAUCUGGAGGCCUCAUUGGACAAAGAGAUUUACUACCACGGAGAACCAAUCAACGUGAACGUUCAUGUCACCAACAACACAAACAAGACCGUGAAAAAGAUGAAAAUCUCAGUGCGGCAGUACGCGGACAUUUGCCUUUUUAACACUGCGCAGUACAAGUGCCCUGUUGCGACCGAGGAGUCUGAUGAUGUAGUUGCUCCAAGUGCCACAUUUUGCAAAGUAUACACCCUCACUCCUUUCCUGGCCAACAAUCGAGAGAAGCGAGGUUUGGCCUUGGAUGGAAAACUCAAGCACGAGGACACAAACCUGGCGUCCAGUACACUAUUAAGAGAGGGAGCCAACAAGGAGAUCCUGGGCAUUAUCGUCUCUUACAAAGUAAAAGUGAAGCUGGUCGUGUCACGGGGCGGACUCUUGGGGGACCUUGCUUCGAGUGAUGUUGCUGUUGAGCUGCCUUUCACAUUAAUGCAUCCAAAACCGAUUGAGGAAUCCUGUUACAGAGACGCUCCAGAAACCGACGCACCCCUCGACACGAAUCUCAUAGAGUUUGAUACAAACGACGAUGACAUCAUCUUCGAGGACUUCGCGCGUCAGAGGCUGAAGGGGGCGAAGGACGACAAGGACGAGGACGACGAGGGCGCCAACUCGCCCAAGCUGGACGACAGAUAAAGGGCGCGGCCUCCUCUCUCCUCCUCCUCAUUCGCUGUGACGCCGACGGGGCGUCGACCAACCCCAUGUUAGUGAAGACAAGAGUCUGGGACACACCCUUUAACAAACCACAGUGGUGACGUCGUCCUGUCCGUGUUUGCGUUUGUCGUUCACUCAACACACACACACACACACAUGCACACACACACACACACAAAACAUUUUUAAAAAUGAAAAAGAAAGAAAUGUUCAUUCUAGUUUCAGUGGUAGAGAAGCCAUCUUUUAGAGUGGAGGUGGGUGACUGGGUGAAGAUGAAGAAGAUGAAGGGCGAUGGACUGAGACUUAAAAACAAAUACGUGGCAGAUUAAAUUUCCAGUCGUAGCAUGCCUUUGGUGAUGUUUGCUGUACAUGUUUCAGAUCAAAGGAACUGGACUAGUUAACAAAAUACUGCCAAAUUCAAAUUUCAUGAUCGUUUUUGUAUACUCUAUGAAUGUUAUCUAUAUGAGGGAAUGCUGAGGGCAUAUGCGUAUUUUAGAUAAAGGCUUCAGUUGCCAUUUUACUCAGAUAUGUUUAUAUUUUGCCUUCCCAAAGUUAAAAAUAAAGUAAUGGGAUUUUUAAAAAUAAUUUUGGAAAAAAUACACCCAGCUUUUAUAUCCACGUGGCCAUGUUAACCACUUUUAUAUCAUACUUUCAGCCAAUAUCGUUUUCAGAUUUUUGCACAAAUUUCCUGUGACAUUUACGUCUGAAUGAACAAAUUUCCUGGAUUUUUUUCUUACAAAUCAAUGUGUCCUACAGGUUUUGCCUUCAAUAAACCUAGAUGGCAGCCAUACAUACACACACACACACACACACACGCUAUUUCACACUUACACGCAAGUCUUUGAAUUUUGCACUCUUACCUUGUCAUUCCGUUUCACAAAAUAGGAAUAAAAUGUGGUUUCAAUUAAGGUAAAGCAUUGCUUGCCUAUGUAGGUGUGUACACGUAGAGCUAAGUAUCCAGUAGUGAUGGGGAAAUGGAACCUUGAGUCUGUGCAGUGCAGAUGAGUUUGCAUUUCUAUGAAAGAGUGGCCUUGUUUUUUUCCGCAUGAUCCUACCAGUCAAUAUUAAUAGAAAUAGGUAUACCUUUUGAAGACAAAAAUAUUUUUAUGAUGUGUACAACCAAUUUACUUCUUUCUAAACAAUUAUUAUGGCGUGAGUAUAACUACAGUACCUGACAGGACAGAGCAGCUGUUUUUUUUUUUUUUGUUAAACUAUUAUUAUAAUUAUUAUUAUUACUAGGUAUUUAUUUACAGGUCAGUGUUAAGAUGUAUUCACUGUAUGAUCCAUCUACAUAAGGGAUGUGUCCAGCUGUUUGUUCGAUUUAUACCUCAUUGUUUUAAUUGUUAAUUUAUUGAUCUCCUUGGUGGAGAGGAUAGAAAAGAGCGACAGAGAGCGAGAGAUACUGAUAAACUGUAUUAAUAAAAAGAACACUGAAAACAAGACUUCACAAUAAUAUUUAUCAUUUCAUUAUUGUUGCUAUUACUCUCCUUUAUCUGACAAAUAUGAAGAAUAUGAUUUAAACAUUAAAUAAGAUUUUGAUUUAAAGUACGUUGAUACUAAAGCAUUCUGAGCCAUUUAUAAUUCUGUGUUUUAUGUUUGCGACUCAGGCUUAUUGGUUGCAGUUGAGAGACCAUCGGCAGAAUGCGGAACAGUACAUUUUGUGUGCUGUUUAGUAAAAAAAAAAAAUCUGUUUCAGCAUAUAAUUUGCCUGUUGAUCAAACCUUUAACAAGACUAAUUUACCUUUAUCAUGUAACUUGGUGAUAAAAUCACAGGAUUCGCCAUGUAAUUGGGUGUUCUCAUAGCUGGGUUGUAUCUCAUAGUGUUAUAUGUUUCAAUGGCACCUUUUAUAUUUAGUUGUUUGUCUGUUACUCAGUCAUAUAUGAAAGAUUAAACACUGGAGGACAUUAUCAAUAGUCUCAAAAUAAUGCAGUCCUGAUCAUUGGUUUUGAGUAUUUCUAAAGAAUUUGUGCAUAUUUUAGAAAAUAUAAAGAACUAAAUUUAGUAUAAAUGCUGCAAGAAAAAAAACUGUAAUUAUGAUUCAUGACUCAUGUUAUUAAUAGUGUAUAAAGCGCUUGUUACAAAACACUUCUUUCCAAAAUUUUUCAGUGGAUUUGUCAGUCAGUAGUCCCUUGAAAUGCAUUCUUCCAUUUGCUCACAGUGGGCCUCAUUCACAGAACUCUUCUGAAAUUCUUCUUACUUUUGUUCUUGAGAAAAGUUCCUGUGAAAAACCAACACGGGAUUCAAAAAAAAAACAGACCGUCAGAUGAAGAAUGCUGUUUGGUCGCAAAUUGGAUGUGCUUGCCUGUUCAUGUUUAUUAAGGAAACAACCUAACAGUCCCAAAAAACCAUUCCAACUUCAGGGUCGUGUGCAACCAUUCAUUGCUCUCCACAAGCAUACGUAUCUGUGCAAUGCCUAAAAAUGUGUUGUUUCCCCAAGGCACGAUUAGCCAUGUUAUCCAAAAGCAAAUGUUGCUAAGUGUUGAGUUUGGCUGGGCGCUUGUGAGUCUUUAUGCAUCACCAUUCGUCAUUGUCAAUCACUUUUAUCAAUAAACGGAAUUAAUGACAUUACCAACAUGGUUAUUAUUGUAAACUAACAAUCUAAAACUAGGCGUAAACUAAAAUAAAAAUAGAAAUGUUUUGAAUGAAAACUAAAGUAAAACUUGCAAACCUGCUCUUAAAGCUAAGUAAAACUAAAAAUCUAAAUCAAUUUUUGAUCUCAAAACUAAAUGAAUUUUGCAAAAAUAAUAAAUCAUUGUAAAUGGAAACAUGUUUAUGCAUGUUCCCAAGCACACAAAGAUUUUGAUCAUACCAAAAAACAAAACAACAAUUUUUAAAAAGGAAAAUAAUUAUGAUUGCCAAAAUGUUUGGUGAAAUGUUUGUGGAAACAUUCAUGACAUUCAUUACAGCCCAAUGACAAUGAUCAGAAAAAUGGCUGAAAAGUGGAUUUCUGUGGUUACAGUAGAUGUUAAAUAUCAAUUAUAUAUUUUUUUGCCAUUAUUUUGAUAAAUGUAUCAUUCUGACUGAUCGUGAUAUCGCGCCCAUCAGCUAAUCAGAUGGUGCUGGGCGCAUACUUGAUGACUUCAUCGUCAAGUCCGGUGAAGGUCAAGAAAGAAAAACAUGAAAUGAGCAAAGAUGCCCCGCUCAUUAAAAAGAAGCACAAGCGAUGUAUUAAUAGAGGCCGGACCACGCCCGGGUGUCAAACGCCAUCGGGUGCGUUCACGGGCCUGCCACUCUAAUAUGUCACGCCCAUUCCCCGUCUAUCGGUGACGGGUCACGUUAUGUGGCACCAAGGGCAGCUACACAAUUAGCAUUAAGAUGUCUUCGCUGUCCGGCAGAUCAGUGUGUGACAGCUUUCCAGUUCUAACAGACACUCCCUGUCACAUUAGCUCACGCCUUCAGAGGCUUGUUUUGUCAACCGGGCGACCCGCAGAGACGACAUGUUCAGCAACGCUCGUCAGCGCGACAGAUUGAGAUGAUGUCACCAAACACUUUCAGGUGGAGUUGAUGGCAACCGUCGGUUUUCCUGGCUCGGUUGCAGUCAAGCUUACGCGCGGGCGACCUCGAGAGACAUCGAGUGCUAGCUUUCAAAAUGCGCGUUGUUGUGCUCAACAGACCAGUUAAUGGGAAAGUGCGAGUGUGAUGGUCAGGGCAAAAAAAAAGUGUCACUGUCAGUUGUGAGUGAUGUUCGAAAAAACAUUUUGGCGAAAACAUUUUAUAAAUAAGCUAAAUACAGUAUAAUUUGCUGCAUGCAUGUAAAAUACAGUGAUUUUUUUUGUUUUUUUUGUUUGUUUUGUUUUGUUUUUGUUGGUGCUCAGAAUGCGUAUUUGUAAUGCAGCUCUGAAUCAUGAAGGCAAGCUUCCAUGCAAAGUUAUUCUGACAGAACACUCAUUUGCAGUGUUCUGGAAUUUCCACCUGAUCUAAAUGGCAUUAUGUGCAAUCAAAACGUGGUGUUAAAUACUUAUGGUAAGCCAUUAAGAGGCCUAACACAAUACAUAAAUACAUAAACUUUUAUGAGCUGGUGAAGACAGAAGAUUAUAAUGCAUUAAUAAUUUGUUAUUUUUUAAAUAUUCUUUUGAAUUUAUGUGCUUUCAAUCAUCAAAACUAAUACAUUAUUUUUCUCCAAAAAGUAUAUAUGCAACAUUUAUUUAUUUCUAGCUUAAGAAUAGUUUCAGUAGGAAAGAAUGCACAUCAACUGCCACCAAGCAGCCUUCCCAUUUUAAUGAAUAAAGCUCACAUGCUUAUUUACGUUCUCACAAGGACUUUCCAUGUUGGAGAACUUAAAGGUCAAAAUGUAUAAUUGUUUUAUUCUGUAUGAAAUUCAUAUGAAAAUAUAUUUUCACCUGUCACAUAAAAAGUUUAAUCAUGCUGCUUAAAAUGUGCCCACUCAAACAUACCCAGCUGGCAUUAUUUGCAUACUGAAUGCUUGUUGCCAUGACUUCAUUUCAAAAAUCCUCAUCCCCAACUGUCAUUUUUUUAUUUAUUCAAGGCAAAACAUAUAAACCACAAGCUCACACAUGCUUACAAUUUGUCGCACCCACAGCCUUCCCAUAUAAAUGUUAAUAUUAAAAUGUUUCAUGACGUUGCUAGUAGUUUAUUUGCACAUGUUACACCCGAAAAGGACAAAGGUUAGUUUAAUUUAAAUGAGAUGUUGUUUCUACCCUUUCUAAUCCUGGACAUGUAUUUUUGUAAAUCAACCUCUGUAUGAUGUUCAAAAUCUUACUCUAUUUGGUCCCUUUAUUCCUGGGUUGUACCUGUUGAUGUUUAACUAUUCUGUCAAGUCUUAAUAAAAAUGUUAUAGUUUAUA